UGGGUGUCAGCUUUUAUUGGCACGGCACAAAGCAAGUGCCAAGGGUUCGGUGGGCUCGACUCCCCGCCGCAGAGUGUGGAUAAAAGCAGAGCAAAAUGCCUCAGCCGAGCUCAGAGGCAUAGACAUGUUGGGCUGGAACGAGGAAGUGCAGUGGAGAGGGGAGGGACUCAGGGCGCAGCUCCAUGGGGCCGCCGCGGCGCUGCGACCUUCUGCACAUGGAGCCGGGGAGAGUUGGAAGAACUUCAUUCUGCAAACUCAAGGAAUAGCAGAAUACUUGCACCGCAUGGAGACCGAAGAGGCCCAGGAAAUGGCGCAGAUGCCAGGCAGGGAGAGCCCCCCUGCCAACGAAGCGUCUGAGGAGGCAGAGGAGCCCAUGGCCGUCCCCGAAGACCUGUCAGCCGGUUCCACCCAUCAGCAGAACAACCGGGGGGACAAAGCCUGUAACAUUAAAGUUGAGGCUCGCAGUGAUGAGGAGAGUGGGCUGGCCUGUGACAUGAUGAAUGGCGUGGAGGAGGAGGAGUGCGCGGAAGACUUGCGCGUGGUCGACUCCUCCGGGGCCAAGCUGAACGGCUCACAGCCGAGUCCCGAAGCCAAGGCCUUCUCCUCGGCUGGCGGUAUCCGGCUGCCCAACGGGAAGCUCAAGUGCGAUAUCUGUGGGAUAGUUUGCAUUGGCCCCAAUGUGUUGAUGGUGCACAAGCGAAGCCACACCGGCGAGCGGCCGUUCCAGUGCAGCCAGUGCGGCGCCUCCUUCACCCAGAAGGGCAACCUGCUGCGUCACAUCAAGCUCCACUCAGGGGAGAAACCCUUCAAAUGUCACCUGUGCAGCUACGCCUGCCGCAGGAGGGACGCCCUCACCGGACACCUGCGCACCCACUCAGUUGGAAAACCGCACAAGUGCGCCUACUGUGGCCGGAGCUACAAGCAGCGCAGCUCCCUGGAGGAGCACAAGGAGCGCUGCCACAACUACCUGCAGUGCAUGGGCCUGCAGAACAGCAUCUACACAGUAGUAAAGGAAGAAAGCAACCAGAAUGAGCAGAGGGAAGACUUAAGCCAGACGGGAUCUGACAGAGCCUUGGUGCUAGACAGACUAGCUAAUAAUGUAGCUAAGCGUAAGAGCACUAUGCCCCAGAAGUUUGUGGGAGACAAACGUCUGUCGGAUCUGUCGUACGACGGCGGGUCGGGAGAGCUCAUCCAGCCGCACGUCAUCGACCAGGCAAUCAACAGCGCCAUAAGCUACCUGGGAGCGGAGUCUCUGCGGCCCCUGGUCCAGACCUCCCCGGCGCCCUCCGAGGUCGGCAUCGGCUCCAUCUACCCGCUCCACAAGCCGGUCCCCGAGGGCGCCGUCCUGUCGGCCAAAGACAGCGCGGCCGAGAACCUGCUGCUGCUAUCCAAGUCGGCGCCCAGCGACAAGGACGGCUCGCCCAGCCACAGCGGCCAGGACUCCACCGACACCGAGAGCAACAACGAAGACCGGACGGGCGCGGCCACCGGCCUCAUCUACCUGACCAACCACAUGGGCAUGAGGAACGGCGUGCUGCCGCUGGUCAAGGAGGAGCAGCAGAGGUACGACUCCAUCAGGGAGGUGGCCGCCGACAGCUUCAAGGUGGUGACGGCGGACGGCGAGCAGGUGAGAGCGUACCGCUGCGAGCCGUGCCGCGUACUCUUCCUGGACCACGUCAUGUACACCAUUCACAUGGGCUGCCACGACCACAGAGACCCCUUCGAGUGCAACAUCUGCGGCCACCGGAGUCAAGACCGCUACGAGUUCUCGUCUCACAUAACCCGGGGGGAGCAUCGUUGAUGAGCGCCCCCUUCAGUCCACACUGCAAAAACACAACAUAUUACCAAGUAUUUGGUCUGCUUUCUAGUGGAAAUACCUUAAUUCACUUGAAAUAAGACAAAACACUUUUCAUUAGGGAUGCACCGAUAAAUCGGCCCUGAUUUCCUUAAUUUUGGGAGAAUGAUACUUAUGUGAAUUUGGCAAGGGUCAAACAAUUACCCACUGCUGCCAACUUAGCAACAUUUCAGACAAAAAUAUCAGUAUCGGUUAGAAUCGGAAUCGGCAGGUCAGGCUUUUUAAAGAUCGCGGUCGGCCAGAAAACUGCAAUCGGUGCACCUGUUGAUACGCAGGAGGGAAAAGCUCAUAUGUUGACAAGCUACUCCACGAAUAAGCAACAUAAAAUUAAUAUAAAGUAUAUUUAUAUACAAGUGUGAUAGGAUAA